UCCAUCUCUCUAUCAUUUUCCUAUCUCUUUCCAAGAAUCCUCCAAACAAACUCCCUCUCUGAAAAAUGGCUAUUCCCUCUCUCACUCUCAUCAUCUUCCUCGCUCUCUCCUUCCUCUCCGUCUCCCACACCACUUUCGACCAAUUUCUCACCUCCACCUCCACCGCUUCCACUGCCACCAUCAGCGCUCCACAACAAUCACCCUUCUUCACAAUCUCACCUUCGCCUCAACCACCUCAAGAUCACGCCGACCACUCGCUCCUCCCCCACACUUCACUCCUUGCACCAAUCCUGUCUCAUCUCGGCUUCAACGAGCUAGCCACCGCCGCUCCCUCCCUCUUCAGUGACUCUACCUCCGCCGCUGCUUGGUCUGGUCCGUACACUAUCUUUGCUCCCUCUGAUUCCUCUGUCCGCUCGUGUGUUUCUUGCUCUACUCCUUCCCUCCUCCGUGAACACAUGGUUCCUGGCCUCUUCACCAACGAUUACCUCCGGAAACUCACCUUCGGUACCAAAGUCGAAACUCUCAGCCCCGGCCGUUGCUUAACCGUUACCUCCACCGCUAACAACCAGAAAAACUUCACCGUUCACAAGAUCUUCAUCGGCGGAGUUGAAAUCACUCAGCCAGAUCUGUUCAACAACGGUCUACUCAUUAUCCACGGCCUCCAAGGCUACAUCUCACCUCUCUCGCCUUUCUCUUGUGACGUAGAACGGAUGACGUCACUCUCUUUCCCGUUCCACCACGGCCAGAGCCAAAACAACCAAUUUAAGCAGCAACAGAAUGCGGCUCUGAUGCGAUUCAUGCUUCGAGACGCCAUGCUACGGCUGAGAAAUAACGGCUUCUCCGUUCUCUCACUAGCUAUGAAAGUCAAGUAUGCCGAACUCAUUCCUCUCAUCAAUGUCACGAUCUUUGGUCUUGAUGACGUGUCCAUCUUCUCCGGUUCGUACGCUUACAUCCACAGUGUAAGAUUCCAUAUCGUGCCAAAUCAGUUUUUGACUGCUGCGGAUCUGGAGAGACUUCCAGUGGGGACCACGCUGCCGACAUUGGACAGAGGGCAGAGUUUGGUGGUGACGACGGCGGGAGAAGGCAUUACGAAGAAUCAAUUGAGGAUCAACUAUGUGGCGAUUAAGGUUGCUGAUAUGAUAAGGAAUUUGAAUGUUAUAGUGCAUAGCAUUUACCUGCCAUUCCCACAUCUUCAUCCUAUGGCUGCGGUGACUGAUGCCAUUUUAGGUGGAGAUCAGACGUCGACGGUGGGAGGAACAAAUGGGGAUUGUGAAGCUUCGAAUGAGCAAGGCCAAGGCAAUUGUGGAAUGAGCCAGGUGAAUCAGGUGGCGACUCAGCUCAAGCCCCACAUGCUGGAACUUGAAGACCACCAUGUCCAUGACCAUGGUCUUUGAAAGGUUUUGCUGAUGCAUGUACAGUGAAAUGCAGGAACGCCUUCUGUUUCCUAGCUUUGGAAUUCACGGUGAAUCUGUGUUUAGUCUACUGAGUAAAACUUUGAUAAGUCUGUUUGUUUUUAGGUUAAAAGAAUUCGAUUGUGAAGUGUCUGUUUGGGGGGAGAUGAAUGGUUGUUAUGUUCCAGUACUUUAGCAAGGAUUAAUAAAAAGGUUACUGUUGUAAAAGAGAUAAUCAUCUCUUUGCGAACGAUUGCAUGUUAGCAAAUGACUAGA